AUGUUCAUCGACGAGAAGGAGACUUCUACCGUGGUACCUGAAGCCACGAACAAUACGAUAGCAAGCCUACCACCUUUGUCGGAGCUGGCCGCGUCUCCCGAUCCGUCAGCAGGGCUGUAUAUCGAGUCGCGGGGCGGAGAGACGGUACAGGUCAAGAUACCGCGGGACUGCAUCGCUUUUCAGACCGGCGAAGCUCUAGAGCGCAUCACGGGCGGCAAGUUCAAGGCAGUACCGCACUUCGUAAGGGGAGUCAGGGCAGCUGUGAGCGACGGACGCGUCGCGCGUAACACGUUGGCCGUCUUCACCCAGCCAAACCUUGGCGAGGAGGUGGACAAUGAGCAACACAUAACGUUUGGCGAGUUUGCGCGGGGCAUCGUGGCCAAGAACACUUCGAGUGUAGCCGACCCCGAUGUUGGAUUUGUCAAGAUUGUUCGGGGCCACACGGUGGGGCACCCGACAGCAGGGGCCCGGCCGGUAGUCCCGGAGCUCGCUACUCUGUGGACAAGGAGCUCUAUCAACACCCGGAAGCUACCCCGCCCCCGCCGCCUGCUCCAAUGGGGGCCUUUCGUCACCACUUCUGUCAGAAACACUGCCCGCCUCCAACGCAACAUAAGCACCACCGCCACAUCCCGUUUCCGCUACACAUCACCAGCAAUGGCCGUACCGCCCAAAUUCGCAGCUCACAAGCUGACCUUCGGAGCGGAACCCAAGCCCUCGGCCGACGGCGUCCCCGCGCAGCCGCACACCAUCGAGCUCUACCUCGACUACGUCUGCCCCUACUCCGCCAAGCAAUUCAACACAUUUUACAACGCCGUCGUGCCCGCCAUCCGCGCGAACCCGGCCUGGGCCGCCAACCUCGAGGUCAUCUUCCGUCAGCAGGUCCAGCCCUGGCACCCCUCGAGCACCUUGGUUCACGAGUCCGCCGUGGCCGUCGUCAAGACCGCGCCCGCCAAGUUCUGGGCGUACAGCGACGCCCUCUUCAAGGCGCAAAAGGACUACUUUGACGCCAACGUCGUCAACGAGCCGCGCAACGAGACGUACAGGCGCCUCGCCAAGCUCGCGGGCUCCGUGGGCGUCGACGAGAAGGCGGUGCUGGACCUGCUCGUCGUCUCGGACAAGCCCGACGCCGAGGGCGCGCUCAACGUCGGCAACGGCGUGACCAACGACUUCAAGGUGCUCAUCAAGCUCGCGCGGUUGACGGGCGUGCACGUCAGCCCCACGGUGCUGUUUGACGGGUACCCGAACAACGAGAUCAGCUCCGGCUGGACGCUUGACCAGUGGAAGGAGUGGCUUCAGAAGAACAUUGUCUGA